ACUUUCCGGUUGUCUCUCUGAUUUCUUCAGCUCAGAACAUGUCGACUGAGAAGAGUCCGCUUGAGCAAACGUCACCUGCUGUUGCAUCAUCAUGCCGAAAAAAGAAGUCUGAAAGUGCCACAUUUUUGGAGGAUGUGAAGGAUCAUAUUGAUGAGUUUAUACAUGCCUCAAUGGAUGAACACACAUCUUGCUUUAAGAAGACCAUCAAUAAGAUGUUUGGGAUGUCUAAAAUUGUCGCUGAAAGAAAUGCUGAAGCAAAGGAGGUUGAGAGCUCACUUCCUCUCCAAACUGUUGUAUCUGAGUAAAGAUUCCAUAUGUAGAAAGAACGCGGGAGGGUGAGAUUGUGGAGGGUCAAAACAUGUAUGCCGUCUAAAGCCCCUUCCCACAUCUAGUUUUAUCGUGCUAUCCACAUGUAUCAAUAAACAACAAUUUGAGAUGCUCUUGCCUAAGAAGUCUUGCUGCUUUUGCAUCUGUUGGUUUUACCACACAUUAGACAUGUCUAGAUAAAAUAAAUGGGCAUUACAAUAAUUACUUGAUAAAUCUCCAUAGUGAUUGUUGGAUCUUUUGUUU